CACGCACCCACGCGCUCGCUCCUAGCGUGACGUAUGCACUAGCGCCCGGUUAGCUAACUAUUUGUUGUAGUUAGUAGCGUACAUCGGAGUCGUUUAACGUUAGCUAACUACAUAGUAACUAACGUUUUCUGCCCAGGUGACUGUCGGUAUCGGCCAUGGACGACGAAAGUCACCCCAAAACCCUGUAUGUGGGGAACCUCUCAAAGGAUGUAACAGAAAUUCUGAUUCUGCAACUCUUCACCCAGAUAGGGCCUUGCAAAAGUUGUAAAAUGAUCACAGAGCACACAAGCAAUGACCCCUAUUGCUUUGUGGAGUUCUUUGAACACAGAGAUGCUGCUGCAGCCCUUGCAGCAAUGAACGGGAGGAAGAUAUUAGGAAAGGAGGUCAAAGUAAAUUGGGCCACCACUCCAAGUAGCCUGAAGAAAGACACAUCCAAUCACUUCCAUGUUUUUGUGGGUGAUUUGAGCCCUGAGAUCACCACUGAGGAUGUCAAGGCUGCAUUUGCACCUUUUGGGAAAAUUUCGGAUGCGCGUGUUGUGAAGGACAUGACGACAGGCAAAUCAAAGGGGUAUGGAUUUGUGUCCUUCUACAACAAACUGGAUGCAGAGAAUGCCAUUGUUAACAUGGGGGGACAGUGGCUUGGAGGACGCCAAAUCAGGACCAACUGGGCAACGCGUAAACCACCUGCUCCAAAGAGUGCCCAGGACAAUGGCUCAAAGCAGCUGAGGUUUGACGACGUAGUGACUCAGUCCAGUCCACAGAACUGUACCGUGUACUGUGGAGGGAUCCAGUUAGGACUAUCAGAACACCUAAUGCGACAGACCUUCUCACCGUUUGGUCAAAUAAUGGAAAUCAGAGUUUUCCCAGAGAAAGGCUACUCCUUCAUCAGGUUUUCAUCUCAUGAAAGUGCUGCCCAUGCCAUUGUUUCAGUAAAUGGCACAGCCAUUGAAGGACACAUAGUGAAGUGCUUUUGGGGCAAAGAAUCUCCUGACAUGGCAAAAAAUCCACAGCAGGUUGAGUACAGUCAGUGGGGGCAGUGGAACCAGCUCUAUGGGAAUCCACAGCAGCAGUAUGGGCAGUAUGUGACCAAUGGGUGGCAAGUUCCCUCCUACAGUAUGUACAGCCAGACGUGGAAUCAGCAAGGAUUUGGAGUAGAUCAGUCCCAGUCACCGGCCUGGAUGGGAGGCUUUGGAUCUCCAUCAGCCCAGGCUGCAGCCCCGCCUGGUCCAGUGAUGUCCAAUCUGGCUAACUUCAGCAUGGCUGGCUACCAAACACAGUGAGCUGGCCCCAACUUAAGUGCAAUACCAAGGGGAUUUUGUCAACUCUUUUAGACCACACUGCACUCAUCUUGACAGCUGCUGUGGUGGAAGAAGGGCAGGGGCCAUAUUCACAAAGCCUUUGUAGCUAAUAGAUGUUCCUAAACAACCAGUUUAAUAAUUAUGGUUUUAAGGGGAGUGUCCAUUUCAUUCAGAACCUUUAAAAAAUGUAUUUGAAGAUAAUUCCUAAUUCUGUUAUGGAAAAUUGCUCUUGGGCCUCUGAAGUAAAGCCAAACCAACUGUCUUUGUUUAAGUAGAUGUUAAAGGGCUUGCCAACCAUUUGAAUGUUCGACCCUUUGAAAAUCUUACCCAGAAUGUGACAAAGAGGAUUUGCAGUGCUUACUGAACAGAUAUCUUAAAGCAACAUUAUGUAAGAAUUAUUUUUCUCCUCUUAGCUUCCUCCUUCAACAUCCUCCAUAGUCUCUUCAGUCUUUUCGCUUCUGCCAUUAAUUAUGUUGCCCGUCACCUGGCUCCAGCACGACACCAGUGCCGCUUUCUACCAACAGCAGCAUAAUGUUGCUUGAAACUUGGGUAGCAAGCUUGCCAUCAAAGUUAGACAGCAACAUACGCAAGAGCACUUAGAGUAAUGGUACCGAUGUCCGAGUGUGUUAUGUAAUAAGUCUGCUAACAUUAGCUUGAGAUUUAUAGUUAGCAGCUAAACCUCUGUCUGUGAAAACUCUGGCUGAUUUUCUCGAGUUGACAGUUCUGCUAACAAACAUCAAGCAAGUGAAACAACACAAGACAUAGCCAGCCAGCUAAUGAGUUAUUACUGACUAGAUCAACAGAAAGAAGGCCAGCUCUGUCUUGCAUCCUUUUAGCUCUUUCAGCUCACACCAACAAGUAAAAGACAGUCCGAUAUUUACUCUUGUCAGGUCUCGAUCAGAUUGCUCGAUCGCUCUCUCUUUUUCUCUUCAUCAUUUUCUUGGAAUGGCGAUGACAAAGAAGCCAUUCUCCCUAUUACAAGACAGUGUACCAUCAAAAGUAUUUUGAAGCUGUUAUUUUAACAUACACUUUCUAUAUAAUGUUGCUUUUAUAGAUGAAGAUCAUUUGAUGCCUUUCCUCUUAUCAAACACUGAGUAAGUAAACCAAUUGGCCAAACCAUAAAAAAGCUUGUGUAGUCCUAAACUAUACUCAGCAAAAAAAGCAAACAUCCUUUCACCUACAACUGCUUUUAUUUUCAGCAGACUUAACAUGUGUUAAUAUUUGUAUGAACAUAAAAAGAUUUAACAACUAAGACAUAAACUGGACAAAGUUUCACAGAUAUACGAGUAACAGAAAUGGAAAAAUGUGUCCCUGAACAAAGGGAGGGUCAAAAUCAAAAGUAACAAUCAGUAUCUGAUGUGGCCCUGUGGUCCUGUGCAGGUGUUGUCAAAUGUGGUCUUCCACUGCAAGAACAAUCAGCUGUCCUUCCUGUCUCACUUUAGUGCUUUCUUAGGCAUCUCACAGUACACACACAUUGCCCUGGCAUCAUCAGCAGUCCUAAUGCCUCCUUGCAGCAUGCCUAAGGCACGUUCACGCAGAUGAGCAGGGACGCUGCGCAUCUUUUCGUGUUUUUCAGAGUCAUUUGAAAGGUCUCUUUAGUGUUCUAAGUUUUUAUAACUGUGACCUUAAUUGCCUCGUGUCUGUACGCUGUUAGUGUCUUAACGACCAUUCCACAGGUGCAUGUUCAUUGAUUGUUUAUGGUUCAUUGAACAAACAUGAAAGACAUUGCUUACACCCUUUACAAUAAAUAUCUGUUAAGUGAUUUUUACAGAAUUAUCUUUAAAAUACAGUGUCCUGAAAAAGGGAUAUUUCUUUUUUUGCUGAGUUUAAAUGUACAUAUAGACACAUAACAGCUACGUUAGUAAUUAUAUUGGUUAGUUAGCGUAGUGGCGCUAAAAGCACACUUACUACAAGCAAUCAAGAAGCUCACUGGGACAUAACAAGGAUUAUAAGCCUUGGAAAUCUCAAACUUUAUGACCUUUUGAAUUAUCAAACUGUAGAAAUAUCUGCUCUCAGUAGUAGAACAGACUUGUUAAAAUGUUUAUUUACUUGUCAUUUUUCUGUAAUUUUAUACAACAGAAGACAAAACUCCACUGAAGUCCCCAUGCAUUAAGGUCAUUCCUGUCAUAUAGGUCAGUUUUUAAAAUGACAUACAGUAAUGACAGCGUUGCACAGAUAAAGCAGGUAUGAUUGGUCACCAAGAAUGAGCCAACCUGCUAAAAGUUGGUCUGGACUAAGCUUCAGCUCAUAGCUAGAAAUUCAGUCCUACUUUGAUAUAUGAAUGAAAAAUGCUUUGUGAAUAUAGGCCCCGUAACAGUAGUUUACCUUUUCAGUAUAUGUGAAAAAACUAUUUGUAUAAACAAUUAUGGCUUUAAAUUAGAUUUACGCGGGGCGUGGUGUCUCAUAGGGUAAAUCUUGUGUACAGAGAGAGUUUCACCUACACAGCUCUAAAAGCAAAAUAUAUUAGGUUUUUCCUGUUUUGUAUUGGAGUGAUCAGCAUGUUCUUUGCAGACUUUUGAUGGACUAGUUUACACAUUAAUGGAGCUUAGAUUGGACUAAUAUAUGUAAUCCUGUGUCUCAAAGGAAGGUCUAUAAGACAUUCUCACUAAGAAAAUAUUGUAAAAAUGAUUUAACCCCCAAACUGACUGUGCUGAUUCUGGGGCUGGUUUCCUAGAAAAAUAUUGAAUCUUGAGAUUUUUCCUUCUCUCUCUUGACAACCUCAGUUUCUUUUUAAUGUCUGUGAGUGUUUUUGCGAAGAAUCUUGGACUUAAUUUAGCACCAAAACCAGCCCCUAAUCAUAUUGCAUCGUGUAUUUAGAUAUUUCAAAAUGUUGCACCCAUUUUUGUAAAGACAAAUUGUCUAAUGUUUGAGGCUAACUAUAAAUUGGGAUUAUUUUAUUUUAUGUUUAUUCAACGGAAAGUGUAAGGUUUCCUAAAUAUACCAUUGGUGUGUCAGGGCAGCGGGCACAUUUUCUCAAUAUCAGCAGAAUAUUUCCAUAUAUUCCUGUUUAAAAAUAACUGGCAUGUUGUGACAAGAGGAUUUUGCAAUGAUGUCUGGAUUUUCUGGAAUUUGGAUUUUACUUGUAUAUGUGCCAUUCUGUACAGUGUAUUACACUCCUAUUACACACUUGUAAGAUCACUCUCCUUUUCCUUUUGUACUACACAACAAACUAAUAAUAUUGUGUUUGUUUAUUAGGGCUGGGUGGUGUUCUUCUAACAAAACAGGGUCAUGGCUGAGAGUGUAAAUAGAAACCUUGAUCACAGACCUUCAUGAAACUUAAGAAAUAAUGUACAUACUGUAGGUAGACUAUUAUGAAAUGAAAUGCCAUCAUUAUAAUAUAAUUUAUGAAUAAGCCUUAAUUGAUGUUUUAGUAAAUUCAAUUUUUUUGUUAUUUACAGAGGCUCCAUUACAAAUCUAAAUUCUUUUCCACUGUGGAUUUUCCAUUAUUAAGUUUGUGUGCCAUUUUCAGAAAGUUGCAGGAAGCAGGUGAUGUUGAACUGCACGCUUAUGACAUGUAAUAUAUUUGUUGCUUAAAAUCCUGAAUGUAAUGGAAAGUUGCUUUAAUGACAGUAAUACAUCUAAGUUGAACAACAGAAGUGAUUUGUAAUAAUAAAGUAUAAAAUCAAUUUUCCAUAUAAGUGGAAAAACUCAAUAAGUCACUUCAAAUAAAGAAACCCUUGAACCUUG